UUAUGAUGUAAACAAGUGUCGUCGCACGAAAUGUACGGAAACGCGCUACACAAUGGUAACCUGAGAUAAGCGAAGAAAAAUGAAAAUACCGAAAAGAAAGCUGUUUCUUUUUAUUAUUUUUGCAUACGUGGCGUUUUCACUUUAUGCCGCAUAUAAUGUUUUCUUCAGCAACAAAGUAAUCUCCCGCGUUCACAGAGUGGUGAAGAAGGAGACAGGAGCGCCGUCGGGCGGUGUCAGAGAUGGCGGUGCUCCAAUUGUUGCUGAUGAGUGGAAUCCGUGGGAGGAUGAGGAGGUGGAGUACAACUCUGCUCUGAACAAAAAGAGACAAGCCUUUAAAGAGUAUAUGGCUAAAAUUGACAGAAACAAACCCAAAAGAUACAAGGUCCAAAUCUGGGGGAAAGCUGCUAUAGGGCUUUACCUUUGGGAACAUAUUUUAGGAGGACCUCUUAACCCAACAGACAAGGUAGCACAGUGGCGAGAGGGGGAGCUACAGUCAGGAAAAAUCGAUUUCAGCUUCUACACAGGUCCAGCUGUGGUCCAGGGCCAUGUUCCUCUGGAAAUGAACAGCCUGGUUGUUGUUCUCAAUGGCCGUGAGCCGCAGAAGGUCUCUUACUCCACAAGAUGGCUGGAGCACGUCCAAGCUCUGGUUCACUCCAACACAGUAGCUCACGUUGCUGUGGUCUUGCUGGGCAACGAGCGAUGCAACAACGACUGGAUCGCCCCACAUUUAAAGAGAAACGGUGGCUUUGUGGAUCUGCUGUUUCUUGUGUACGACAGCCCGUGGGUCAAUGAUAAGGAUGUUUUCCAGUGGCCCCUUGGUGUUGCCACAUACAGAGAGUUUCCUUUAAUCAGGCCAAGUGCUCAGUUAAUAACUUCCAACCGGCUAUACCUCUGCAACUUCUUCGGGACUGUUUACAAAAAUUCCACCAGGGAAACACUAAUGCAGGUGAUGAAACAGUCUGGUUUAGAUAAGGAAUGCCUCACCGCUGCCAGGGAAAAGUGGCUUCCCCAGGAAACAUCAGACAGUCUAAAGAGCUACCAAACCGCUCUGGCCCAAAGCGAGCUCACUCUCUGUCCAGUAGGGAUCAACACAGAGUGCUACCGCAUCUACGAGGCAUGCUCCUACGGCUCGGUGCCUGUGGUGGAAGAUGUGCUCACACCCGGGAGCUGUGCAGCUGGGCCCAGCUCUCCGCUUCGUCUUCUAAAAGCUGCUGGGGCACCCUUCAUCUUCGUCAGUGACUGGAAGGAACUGCCGGCCAUCUUGGAGAGGGAGAGGGGAAUGAGUCAGGAGCAGAGGGUGGACAGAAGGAGGAGGCUGCUGGAGUGGUACGCCAGCUUCCGUCAACAGAUGAAAGAGAGGUUCACUGAGGUCAUCGAAGAGAAUUUUUUCAAAACUGGCUGACAGGGUUAACAUUAAUGUUACUUGUUUUGUGGUUUGUGGGGAAAAAAUAAGUACUACAGAUAUUGUGAACCUGGUGAUGUUGAGUGAUGUCCUAUCUGAGAAAGGUUAUUAUGAAACCUCUUACGUUGUAGUGAAGUGGUGAAGUUGCCAUUGUUUGUAAAUUAUUAUUAUUUUAUUUAUUUAAUUGAAAUGUUUACAGCUGUGGAAUGUGCAGGCAUUUAGAGAUUAUACAUUUUAAACUGCCUUUACAUUUUUAGCCCAUUUACUUAAAGUAUGGUUUGUAUCUUUGUUUGUAUGCAGUUAAAAUGAACACUUGGAAAACACUAAAAACAAAUAUUGAAACUGUGCUUCUGUUUUUUUAGUUAAUCCUUUUUGUAUUAACAUCUUGAGAAUCAGUGUGCUUGGUGUUACUUGUAUUGAUUUUUCACCCAAAACCGAUUAAAACACUUUAGUUGUAUUCAUUUCAGUGACGUCGUCCUGCAUGGAUUUUUCUAAACCGUGUCCUGAAAUAAAAAGUUUAACUAA